UCCGCAGCGACAGCGGCGGCGGCGGCGGCGGGGCCGGGAUGCACCGGCGGGGGGUGGGGGCGGGGGCGAUCGCCAGGAGGAAACUGACCGAGGCCAAGUACAAGGAGCGGGGCACGGUCCUGGCUGAGGAUCAGCUGGCCCAGAUGUCCAAGCAGCUGGAGACGUUCCGCACCCACCUGCAGGCCUUUGCCAGCAAGCACAAGCAGGAGAUCCGGCGCAGCCCCGAGUUCCGCCUGCAGUUCCAGCACAUGUGCGCCGCCAUCGGCGUCGACCCGCUGGCCUCCGGGAAGGGUUUCUGGGCCGAGGUGCUCGGGGUCGGAGAUUUCUACUACGAGCUGGGAGUGCAGAUCAUCGAGGUGUGCCUGGCACUGCGGCACCGCAACGGAGGGCUGAUCACGCUGGAGGAGCUGCAGCAGCAGGUGCUCAAGGGCCGCGGGAAAUUCGCGCAGGACGUCAGCGCGGAUGACCUGGUGCGGGCCAUCAAGAAGCUGAAGGUGCUGGGCAGCGGCUUCGGGCUGAUCCCGGUGGGGGGGACGGUGCUGGUGCAGUCGGUGCCGGCCGAGCUCAGCAUGGACCACAGCGUGGUGCUGCAGCUGGCCGAGGUGGGAAUGAUACUGGGAAUACUGGGAAUACUGGGAAUACUGGGAUUGGGAAUGGCUCAGGGAAUGGACCACAGCGUGGUGCUGCAGCUGGCCGAGAAGAAAGGAUUUGUGACGGUCAGCGAGAUCCGGGAGAGCCUCGGCUGGGAGACCGAGAGAGCCAAGCAGGUGCUGGACCACCUGCUGAAGGAGGGCAUGGCCUGGCUGGCUCCCAUUCCCAUUCCCAAUCCCGUUUUCCCAUCAUUUUUCCCAUUAUUUUUCCCAGGACCACCUGCUGAAGGAGGGCAUGGCCUGGCUGGACGCGCAGGCUCCGGCCGAGCCGCAGUUCUGGCUGCCCGCGCUCUUCUCGGAGCUGCACGGCCAGGAGGGCACGGCCGGGCCCUGACUGCCCCGGGAAUAACCCCUGGAUCCUCGGGAAUACCCCCUGGAACCCCUGGAACCCCGGGAACACCCCCUGGAUCCUCGGGAAUACCCCCUGGAUCCUUGGGAAUAACCCCUGGAACCCCGGGAACACCCCCUGGAUCCUUGGGAAUCCCCCUGGAAUCCCAGGAAUAACUCCUGAAAACCCGGGAAUAACCCCUGGCACCCCAGGAAUACCCCCUGAAGUCCUUGGGAUUACCCCCUGGAAUUCCAGGAAUCCCCCCUGGAAUCCCUCCUGGGAUCCCUCUUGGGGUCCUCGGGAUCUCUCCUGGAAUCCCCUCUUGGAUCCCCCCCAGGAUCCUCAGGAUUCCCCCCUGGAAUUCCUCCUGGGAUCCCCCCUGGAUCCUUGGGAUCUAUCCUGGGAUCCCCCCCUGGAAUCCCUCCCAGGAUCUUUGGGAUCUCCCCUGGGAUAUUUGGGAUCUCUCCCGGGAUCCUCAGGACUCCCCCCUGGAAUUCCCCCU